UAAAAAGAAACCCAUGAAAAGCGCUGACACACUGGCUGUUAGCAGGGUUUUAUUUUAACCCUCAGCUCCGUUUCUUCACCCUUCAGAUUCAUCUCCCUUCACCUGUAAAGAUGCUCCACACUUUGAAGCCCUUUGAGAUGGAGGCUGGAGGUUUCUGCUUUGAAAACAGCCGCAGAAACACGAUGUUGGAGUCCAGUUUUUCAGAGCUGGGCUACAAAGCUCCCAACGCCAGAAAGACGGGGACGACCAUCGCUGGCAUCGUUUAUAAGGAUGGAGUGAUCCUCGGAGCAGACACCAGAGCGACAGACGACAUGGUGGUGGCCGACAAAAACUGCAUGAAGAUUCACUACAUCGCUCCUAAGAUCUACUGCUGCGGCGCCGGCGUGGCCGCAGACGCAGAGAUCACCACGCAGAUCAUGUCGUCCAACGUGGAGCUGCACACACUCAACACUGGGCGGCCUCCUCUCGUCGCCAUGGUAACCAGACAGCUGAAACAGAUGCUGUUCAGGUACCAGGGUCAGGUGGGUUCAUCUCUGAUCGUCGGAGGAGUCGAUGUGACCGGAGCUCACCUGUACAGCGUUUACCCACACGGCUCCUACGACAAGCUGCCCUUCCUCACCAUGGGUUCUGGUUCUGCAGCCGCUGUCUCUGUGUUUGAGGACAGAUUCAAACCAAACAUGGAGCUGGACGAGGCGAAGCAGCUGGUGCGAGACGCCAUCACCGCUGGGAUUUUCUGUGAUCUGGGUUCAGGCAGCAACGUGGAUCUGUGUAUCAUCACUCAGGCCGGGGUCGAGUACCUGCGAGCCUACGACAAACCCACCACCAAGGGAAAAAGUAUGGAGACUGAAUAAAACACUUCUAUACUCCAGAUGUAGCUGUGCAUCAGUGUACUGGAAUAAGAAAGUGUGAGGUCAAAUGAGUUAUAACUGGUUGUUUAUCACUACUGAAAUUAGUUUUUCUUUGACAUCAUAGUUUUAUGAAUAAAAGCUUUU